CGUGGGGGCACAGCGGCUCCAUUCUUUGUGCCCGGGGAAGGAGGCUCAGGCUGGAGCUCGAGCAGGCAACGCCGUAAAAAUCUUGCUUCGGUUGGCGACGUGGAACAAGUGCCUAAGGGCGUUCGUUGCAGGGAUGCCGAAGCGUGGGAAAAAGGGAGCUGUGGCAGAAGAUGGGAAAGAGCCCAAGACCGAGCCAGAAGCCAAGAAGAGUAAGGCGGCAGCAAAGAAAAACGAAAAAGAGGCAACAGGAGAGGGUACAGUCCUAUAUGAGGACCCCCCAGAUCGGACAACCUCACCUAGUGGCAAAUCUGCCACACUUAAAAUCUGCUCCUGGAACGUGGAUGGGCUUCGAGCCUGGAUUAAGAAGAAAGGUUUAGAUUGGGUAAAGGAAGAAGCCCCAGAUAUUCUGUGCCUCCAAGAAACGAAAUGUUCAGAUAAAAAACUACCAGCUGAACUUCAAGAUUUGCCUGGACUGUCUCAUCAGUACUGGUCAGCUCCUUCUGACAAGGAAGGGUACAGUGGUGUGGGCCUACUCUCCCGCCAGUGCCCACUCAAAGUCUCUUACGGCAUUGGUGAGGAGGAACACGAUCAGGAAGGCCGGGUGAUUGUAGCUGAAUUUGAUGCAUUUGUGCUGGUAACAGUUUAUGUACCUAAUGCAGGCCGGGGUCUGGUGCGGCUAGAGUACCGGCAGCGGUGGGACGAAGCCUUUCGCAAAUUCCUGAAGGAUCUGGCUUCGCGCAAGCCUCUUGUGCUAUGUGGGGACCUCAAUGUGGCUCAUGAAGAGAUUGACCUUCGCAACCCCAAGGGAAACAAAAAGAAUGCUGGCUUUACUCCACAAGAGCGGCAAGGCUUUGGGGAAUUGUUGCAGGCUGUGCCACUGGCUGACAGCUUCCGGCACCUCUAUCCCGAUACAGCCUACGCCUAUACCUUUUGGACCUACAUGAUGAAUGCUCGAUCCAAGAAUGUUGGCUGGCGCCUUGAUUAUUUUUUGUUGUCUCAGUCUCUGUUACCGGUGUUGUGUGACAGCAAGAUCCGUUCCAAGGCCUUAGGCAGUGAUCACUGUCCUAUCACCCUACUCCUAGCUCUGUGACACCUCCCAAAAAUCACUUUGAGUCUGGAAAAUGAGACCCCCAAACUAGCCUUUCUUCUUCAAAAAUUUCUUUUGAGGAAUCUGUGCAGUAUAUGCCUUCUAAAACUAUAGUAAUUCUCCAAACAUGCUCCUACUGACAGAUUUCGGUUUCUAUCUUGAACUUUUAAGCCCAACAUUUUUGUUUUGUGAGUUUUUUGUUUUUACAUUAAACAAAAGCUACUGUCCUUGUGAAAAUAAAAAUCCAUAGUUUCA